UCCGAUUGGUCGCCAUUUGCGCCACGAUUGCUGGCCAAGAAACUUGUUCAAAGAAGAGGUUACUUGUUUUAAUUUAAUUGAUAAUUGUGCCUAAAAAUAUAGAAAAACAGUGUCAAAAACUCCGAAACAUCUACCUAUUUAAUAGAAGCACGAAAAGUGCGUUAUAUAACCUCCGAGAAGAAUAGCAAUGAAGAUAGAAGAAAAACCCAAAAACAACUUUGCUACACUUAUGAACACUGUGCCUCAAGUGAUAUAUACACACACAUUUAAGCACAUUUAAGUAAAUACCUCGAUUAUAGUCCGAGAGACGAACAAUAGUCCGGACGACGUACUAAACUCAUCUCGGUUAUAGUCCAAGAGACGGAACAGUAUUUUUUUUUUAAUAUCUAAGUUUUUCAUAUAAUUUGUAAGUGUAUGGAGUAGGUAUUAAUCGGUCAUCGUCAUACAAUUGAGUGUUUAAUAAUGAAAAUUCCGGAUUCGACAUCUAACGUUGGUGCUUACUAUGGCAACGAUGAGAAUGGACAGUGGCAGCCAAACGGCGUGAUGAUAGAGAGCGGCGUUGGCGGAGGCGUGGUGGGCGGCGGCGACGCGGGCCCGCUGCGGCCGCCGCUGUACCCCGUACACCUGCCGCGCGGACACAUACCUGGGUACGUGAUGGCGGGCGCGUACUACCCCCCCGCGCCGUACGCCCCCGUGCCGCCGCCGCAGGACGAUUUCGCUGAUUACAUGUGGAUGGAGAACGAGGAGGAAUUUGAUAAACAGGUCAUGCAGCAGUUGGAAGAGGAGGCCCUUAUGGAACAGUGCAUAGAAGCGAUGCUGGAGGAUGAGCAGAGAGAGAGGCACAGGCCGGUCGCCAACGGACACAACCAUCACUACCCCACAACAAGCAACGGUAACCCGUCCCUGUCGCUAGAGGAGACGGUGUCCAGGUCGACCCUCAACCCCCUCGCCGCCGAAUUCGUGCCCACCUCCACGAGGGCGCGGCCCACGCCCACUGUUACACCCAGCACCACAACCAAUACAGAAAACAAAUCGGAUAAAACAGAAUCGACAGAAGCGAGUUCACAAGACACGCCAGCCACAGAGGUAUCCACAGAUCAAGUAGACAGCAGCAAAGAUACAGAACAGAGUAGAGAAGAUUUUAAAACAGAAGUUUCAGAAUCAACACCGCCUACAGAAACACCGGAAGUUAGCGCAGCAGACAUACAGACGGACAAGCGGAAAGAUAAAAAAGACUCAAAGAAAGUGGAUCCCAAGAAAACGGUUAAACAGGAAGUGAAAAAGGCUAAGCCGGUCGUAGUGAAGUCGGAGACCAAAGUGCAGCCCAAAAAGAAGGAAGUGAAAGUUGUCAAGAGUGAAACGAAAGUGGAAGAGAAGACCCCAAAAGUUGAAGAGCCUGCACCAGAAGUAGUUCAGGAAACCACUUUACAGCCACAGCUACCGUCGACACCGACGCCUGUAGAUGAGCCAGCAACAACCACGCCCGGCAUCAAGCCAAUCAACUACGCGGCGGCGGCGAAGGCGAACAAACCAAAAAAACCUACCACGCCCCCGGCCACGGACAAGACAACACCACCCCCGGUGAAAACAGAAAAGAAACCGGAACCGAAAGCCGAAAUUAAGAAAUCGAAAACCGAUAAACCGGUCGCGAAGACGGAAAAGCCAGCGGUGCAAAGGAAGAACUCGGCCAAGUAAGGGUUGUCUUUCGGUAUUUCAGUAUGAAAUCUAAGUGAUGUAGUGUAAAUGUACAAAAUUAUCGUUGUACUAGCGUUGCUAGUGAUGUGUUUUUUUUUUUAUCGAUAAACGUGAAUUAUUUGGUUGUCGAAUCGGUAACUAAGUUUUAUAUUAUAUAGUAACUUAGCGGUUUGACAUUUGAAGUUGUUUGAAGUCUUACAUUUCAUCUCCUGUAAUUAUUAAUUCGGAUUUUACAUAUAUAUAUAUAUAUAUAUAUGUUAAAUUUAGAUAUAGAAAAUGCAACUGUCUUAUAAAUAGUAUGUAUUUAGAUAGAUUUUGGUAUAUAUAUAUAUAUAUAUACAUACAUAUAUAUAUAUAUAUAUAUAUAUAUAUAUAUAUAUAUAUAUAUAUAUAUAUAUAUACAUACAUAUAUACAUAUAUAUAUAUAUAUAUAUAUAUAUAUAUAUAUAUAUAUAUAUAUAUAUAUAUAUAUAUAUAAAUGUGGGAAUAAAUCGAAUAAUUGUAGUGAAGAAUUCGUAGUUCUCUGAUAAAGGUUGGACGAAUACAAAACUUAAAAAAAAAAAUACACCUUUGUAAAGUAGGUUAAAUUUACGUUAUGUAAUGAAAAUUGUCACGAUAGGUCAACAUUACAUUAAUAAAUAAAGAGUUUCAAAUAAUAUAUAAGUUUGCCAAAAAAUAUAGAUUAAUUCCGGUAUUGAAUAAAUUUAUUCAAGUGAAACUGCAUGUAAAAACAGGUAUCAAAUGUGAAAAAUUAUAAAAUCUAUUUCAGUUUAAGUCGGACAAUUAUCAACCUUGAUUUGUAGGCGUUAUGGUCUAUAAUUGUAUAUCCCUAACAACGAAUUUGGCUAAAUUGAAAUGUAAUGGCACAUAUAUAUAUAUAAUAACAGUCCACCGCUGAACAUAAACCUUCCCCAUAAGGGGAGUUUUGACAGUAGUUGCCACGUUUGGCAGGCGGGUUACAACUGCAGUUAGGCUUUUAUAGAUCUUUUAAGACGGCCGCUAUAAUGUGUUAAUUUAACACAUCAUAUAUAUAUAUAGAGAAGAAGAGAGAGGUAAGUAGAUUUCUCUUAAAACAUCUCUAAAAGCGUAACUGCAGUUGCCAGGGGGGAAAGGGAUUGUUAGCAAUGGAGUUUGACAGCCCCAUUGCUAGCAAUAUGCCUUAUUAGGUCGACCCCCACGUGGUUCCCCCUGAAAACCAUCGUGAACAAUUCUUGUUGAAUUCGUCACGGUGGGCUAACUGACCUGCUUUAUCCUCACCUAUCAUCCUGUACUGGUGCCCCGCCGGUGUAUACCGAUAGCGAGGGUGGGGUUACGAUUCCAUUAUCAUGCAUUAAAAAAAAAACUGCAGUUGCCAACUCGUCUGUCAAGGUCAUGGGGAAGGUUUAUGUGUAUCUAUUUUUUUUUUUAAUUAAUUAGCAUGCAUGAAUACAUUAAAAAAAAAAAAACUGGAUUUUUAGUACCACUUAAACCUCUUGGGCUUAUGUGAUACUUUCCAUUUGGUUCUCAAAUGUCAAUAUUUACAUGAAUAUUCUGCUGUUUCAGCAAGGUUGGACAGUAUUUAUUUAUUUAACUCUUUAUUGCACCAUAAAUAAAAACAUACAAUGACAAGUGAAUAAUUCAAGUGAAAUACAGUAACAUAAAUACAGAUUGAAAUAUACACAUAAAGGUACAAAAGGCGGUCUUAUCGCUAGGGCGAUCUCUUACAGACAACCUUUGGUUAAAGGAGAACAGAUAGAAGUGGGCAGGUGGCGUGAGAGGGAAUUAAUAAUUUUCGUAAAUAAGCUUUCAGAUUAAACUUUAUGUAUCUAACAGUGAUAUUGUUUCGCAAGUCGAUAGGUAGAGAAUUUACUAAUCGCGGUAUAAGGUGAAAACAGGCCAGUUAGCCCAUCAUGAUGAAUUCAUCAGGAAUUAACUAUGAUAGUUUCCAGGGGGACAGCGAGGAGAUCGACCUGGUUGGGUAUAUUGUUAGCAACGGGAUUCUCAGUCUCCAUUACUAACAAUCCCUUUCCCCCCAGGGUAGGCCAGUUAACCCAUUGUGAUGAUCACGGCCAAGACGGCCCGUAUGGAGGUCGACUUUACGUCUUACUUUAGUCCCAUUGCUAGCAUUAUAGCUGUUUUGUGUUUCGUUCGCUCGCCAUAGUAAUUUUUUGCUCGAGUAGUGACUAGCUUGUUUUGCGCGGCGGAGUUGUAUGAAUUUCCCGUUUAAAAAAUUGUACUUUAAAGACUAUAAAUCGGGCAACACUUAUCUAUCCAUGUACAAGGUAUUUUUUUUUUGAUGGGUGAAAAUGGUAUGGUAACCCCGCCUGCGCUAACGGGAUACGCUAGCGGAGCACCAGUGAAGGGUGAUAGAUGAGAAUGAAAACAGGCCAGUUAGCCCGUCAUGAUGAAUUCAUCAGGAAUUAACCAUGACAGUUUCCAGGGGGAACAGCGAGGAGGUCGACCUGGUUGGGUAUAUUGCUAGCAAUGGGGUUUUUAGCCUCCAUUACUAACAAUCCCUUUCCCCUCCUGUACAAGGUACUAUUGAAAUACAUUCACCCGUAUUAGCGUGAAUUUAAUAAACAUACAUUCAAAUGUCUUUACAAACUCACAUGCAUGGUAUCAUUAGGAAGUUGUGUGGAUUUAUCGUGACAAUGUUAUAUGAAUUAAAUUAAAAAAAAAAUGUUGUUCAAGAGGACCUCCUUGCUAAUUUACUCACUAGAGGGAGACUCUGUACAAAAGGCUUCAUUCAUGGGUACCAUAGUUCUAUUCAUGUUUUUGACUUGCAGCCACUAUGCUUGCAUUGCUCGGUUUGAAGGGUGGGAUAUGGCAGUGAAAUUACAUGGUACAGAAGAAUAACACUAUAGUCUUCAAGAAUGGCAACGCAUGAGGUGUAUGGGCGUUACAGUGUAACAAGAGGCUGCUUGUGUGUAUAGCCGACGGUUGUGACUUACCAUCAGGCGGGCCGUCAGCUUGCUUGAUGUGUAAUGUAAUAAUCGCGCGUCUAUACGUGUUAUCUUUAAUUUACUUAAAAAGGAACGCAUUCGUAUUUGACAAUUAGCGUGGCGAUGGUUCGAUUCCCGAUUUUUGCCAAUACCCGAACCUUUCAAGGUUUGGAUGUCUUGGGUUGUGUCCAAACUGGGGACACAACCGCUUCCUAGUUUCCUAACUUGAGGAGCAGAAGCUAUUUUGGUGUGCUUUUAUGGCACUCAUAAUCGUUAUGAUCUCGGCCAUUAUCUGUCCACUGCCGGACAUAGUCUUCCCCUAUAGACUGCUAUAAGGAAUGGCCCCCAAGCCAUUUGCAUCCACUGACUCCCUGCAAUUGGAGAAUGUCAUUUUUUUUCAUUUUUACACUCGAAAUAUUGUUGGCUUCAAAAUCUAUAGGGUUCCGUGUGCGUUUUGGCUGUUGUGCCUGUCGAUCAUCUUUUAUUUUUUACAACACAAGGGGCGAAAGACAUGCCCAAACCAUUCGUUGCAUUAUUUUCUUUACAGGAUAUAAUAGCUUGCAAAAUAUUAAAGCUAGGAAGUUGUUUUUGGUAUUAGCAAGAGGUCCUCUUAAAUAAUUAAUCGGCCUUGUACAAAAGUGCACUGUUUGAGGGCGAUUCUGAGGCACCGUUUCUAAUCUUGUCUCUGGUUGUGACGUUUUGUCAGUUUCGCUACUUUAUGGACUGCUUUAUGAAACAUUCAUGAUUUAGACGUUAACUAUCCGCUGCUGAUCAUAAGCCUUCCCCUUAUACUAGUAGUUGCCACGCUUGGCAGGUGGGUUGGCAACUGCAGAUAGGUUUUUAGAGAUGUUUUAAUCUGACGCCUUCUGCCCAUCUCUCGCUCUCCCUUAGUCACCUCUUACGACACCCACGGGAAAGGAAACGGUGGCCUAUUCUAUGCCGGAACCACACGGCCCAGCAUAUUCAUAAUUAGCUUACUCUGUACCCAGUAAAUUCACUGCCAUAUCCCACCCUUCAAAGCGAAACAGCCAUGCAAACAACUGCUUCACGGUAGAAACACGAAUAGGACAGAGGUGUCCAAGCAAACGACUUUUGUACAAAGUCUCCCUCUGGUAUUUGUGAGUUGGUUUUUAUGACCAAGAGCGUUAGUUUUAUUAGUCCUUGGCUUAUUUUGCUGUCGCAUUGGAUUUAAAAUUUAAUAAUAUACAUGGGACAGAUAAAGGAAACACUAGGUGUCAUGUCGUAUAGGGAGGUCAAAGAUAUGGCCUGGGAUAGAGCUGGCUGGAAGAGGAUGCAUGAAUUAGUUGCACCGACAAAAGGAAAUUUUUAAAUGAAAAGAAGAUAUAAUUGGUAUGAAUAGGAGAUACAGACAGGAGAAUGGUGCUUCAGAGUCGACGCCAUUCUAUCGGUAAUUAUCGGUUUUUGGGGAGGCCCAUUCAAAAUGCGGUCUCCCGUGACGGUAUCGAAACCGGUUUUUAAAUUAUACCGGUAUAUAAAACCGGUUAUGUUACACGGUUUACAAGUCAUGUUUGACGAAAAACUAUUUUUUUUUUUUUUAUUAUUGUUUCGACGAAAGUUUACUAUAUUUUUUUGUGUUGGAUACAUUUAUGAUUGUAUGUACAGGUGUUUAAAAAUAUACCAAGUGGGGGGUGGAGGGGGGAUAGUUUUAGGAAUUGUCGAUUUAGACAUAGCAUAGGUUAUUGAAUGUUAAUGAAAUUAAUUUAUAGGUUUUAUUUAUUAAAUAAAAAUUAUAUUAUUUAGAAGAAAAAAAAACUUAAAUUUUGAUGGUAUAUAUAUGGGACCAACUUGAAAAUAAGGUCUUUAUAUAUUACAAAAAAAAAAUCGGUUUUUUUUUUGUGAAUAUACUAUUUUUGAAGUUGAUUAAAUGUAUGUUUAUUUAUGAAUCUUCACGCCAUGUUCCUCGCGGGAUGAACAGAAAGUACCUAUCUCCGAAUGUCUCUUAAUUUGUGGCAUUUUUUUUUUUAUAUUUUAAUAACAUAUACUAUGUGUAUAUAUAAAGAUUUAAGAGAAUUCUUCGAUUUCGCGUUAAGUCAAAUUUGUAAAUGGAUUAUCAAUAAUAUUUGGACUUCUUUAUCGAUAACAAAUCUAUCGAUAGACUCGUUAUCGCCAGCCAGUCCGUGAGAUAGAGAUGGAUAGAUAGCCCUUUCUCACUCGAGCGCUGAUCAUAACGAUUCUAUCGAGAUUUGUUUUAAUUUACCAUUUUACCCGCCCGCGCUAUAGAUAUACGCUGGUGGAGCACCAGUGGAGGAUGACAGACGAGGAUGAAGGCAGGUCAGUUGGUCCGUAGAGACGAAUUCACAGGAACUGACCACGAUGGUUUCUUCUGCGAUUGUGUUGAAAUUAUGAAUAUAUUGCUAGCAAUGGGGCUGUCGGCCCCAGUUAUUAACAAUCUCCCCUCCUCCCAUGAGCUUAUGGUUGUUCUUGGUAUUAUCCCCAUGUUUUCGCUGUCAGCUUUUUCGACACAAACUAUUUUAUGUUUAAUGAAUAUGGGCUAUAUGGGAUUGUCUGACAUAUGCAUAUUUUUUUGGUAUAUUUUUAGACACCGUAUACAGUAGAAUCUCGAUUAUCCGAAACAAUUAAAACCAGGAUUAAAAUCCGGAUUAUCCGGAUUUUCGAUUAUAUAAUCGAAACCAGUUUCAAAGUCAAAUCAAACGAUACAUAAUUAAAUUUUAGGAUAUUUUUUUUUUUAUUAUGUAAAGGGUUGUUUUUUUUUUAUACCACUGAGGUGGCAAACGCGUACGGCCCAUUUGAUGGUAAAUGGUUACCGUAGCCGAUGAAUACCUGCAAUACCAGAGGUAUUACGCGUUCGUUGCCGACCCCGAAGAAACCUCUUUACCCCCCUUUUUGAAGUUGUACAUACGUCUUUUAAGCAAAUUGAUAUAUAUAAAAAAAAAAUACGGGCUAUAAAUAUAAUGGUU